AUGGAAGUUGUGCCACGAUUUGAGUAUGAGGUUGUUAUACCACCUGAAGGUGGAUGCGUUUCAUUGCAAUCUAGUGUUUACCAAUCACUAAAUAAAUGUUCACAAUACACUGAUAAUCAUUUAACUGAAUGCUAUAUUGAUAGUAGUGCAGUGAAUGAAGAAGAUUUACGUUCUACGCAAAAAGUAUUCGGUGGAAGUGAAAAAGCAAACCAGUGUCUUGUGAACGAAGAUGUAGUUUUUUCUGGAUUUCCCCCUGCAUAUCGAGCCCAUUUACAAAGUUUUGAUCAGAUGCGAGGAUGCAGUACAAGUUUUCAUUAUCAUUGUCUUCCUAUUCAACUGAAGUUCCUUCAUUCAAUGCAAAAUUAUACAAUUCUAAGGCAGAUUGGUCUUGGACAGUUUAGUAGCGUUUUCAGAGCAGUGUGCAACCAGCCCUAUGGUCUAAAUGUAGCCUUGAAAGUGAUAAAGGUAGUGUUGCUGGCAGUUAGCUAUAUGUAUAAAAAUUGCACAUUUCGAGUACGCAGUGCGCCAACUCAACGGCACUGUGAAGUAAAGUUAGACGGAUUAUCCGCAUACUCUUCUUUGUCUAAUUUUGAAGUCCAAGGGUCUGUUGGGCAAGGUCAGUUUUCAACUGUGUGGCGUGCAUUCCAUUUUCCAUCUGGUCAGACAGUUGCUAUGAAAAAAAUAAAGAUAUUUGAAAUGGUUGAUGCAAAAGCACGUAAAGAUUGUGUACAGGAGAUAGAUCUAUUGAAGAAAUUAGAUCAUCCAAAUGUUAUACGUUAUUUGGCAUCAUUUGUGGAGAAUAAUGAGUUGAUUAUUGUCUUAGAACUUGCAGAUGCCGGUGAUCUGUCUCAUAUGAUAAAGCACUUUCGUAAGAAAAAACGACUAAUUCCUGAGAAGACUAUUUGGAAGUACUUUGUUCAGAUUAGCAGUGGUUUGGAACAUAUGCACUCUAAGCGUAUUAUGCACAGAGAUAUUAAACCUGCUAAUGUAUUUAUCAAUGCCAAAGGUCAAGUGAAACUAGGCGAUCUUGGACUUGGAAGGUAUUUCAGCUCAAAAACUAUAGCAGCUCAUUCUUUAGUCGGUACACCGUAUUAUAUGUCACCGGAAAGAAUACAUGAACAAGGCUAUGAUUUUGCUUCAGAUAUUUGGUCACUGGGGUGUCUGCUUUACGAGAUGGCAGCGUUACAGUCACCAUUCUACGGUGAAAAAAUGAAUUUAUUUCGUUUAUGUCAAAAGAUUGAACAUGGUGAUUAUUCACCAUUGCCAAAAGAUAUCUACUCAACCGAGCUUCGUGAUCUCGUUAACAUGUGUAUACAGAAAGAACCGUUGGAUAGGCCUAGUAUUACACAUGUGCAUAAUAUAGCUAAACAGAUGCAUGAAUUACUGAAUGAAAAAUUUUCAACCGAUACUUCAUCAACAUCAACUCAAAUGAUAGAUUCUCGACCAUCGUCUGCUACUGUAACCUCCACUACUGUUGCUUCUUCUUUCCAUCCUCCUAAUCCUAUUCCAUUAUGUAGUAAUGAGAUACCAGGAGAGAAUCACACUGAUAGUCUGACAUCUCUUCAUUAA